AUACGCCUACACUCGGCAUCGCUUCUGGCGUGUGUGGCGUGUGUGGCGUGUGGCGCUUGCGAUCGUUCUAGGGUUGGGACAGAGGGUUUCAAGUCCGCGGUUUCCUUCGCACUGCACGAUACGUCCGAUUUAUAAUACCUGCACCCCUCCAUGGAGUCUCCCACAAAUCCAUCAGAAAGAACGGUUCUUGUUGGUGGGGCUUUUCAGUGUGCAUUAUGUGACAAGGGAUUUUCCGGACCUGCACCAUACAUGCAGCAUCUGAAGAGUGCCAAGCACCUCAAGAAGGAAGAAACGAAAUUGUUAAGUAGCCCUCUUGUUAAAAGUCAUGUGCAUACAAGUUCCGGAGGGACAGCCCCCAUUAUGAGCGGUCAUUUAAUACAGACGACAACUGCUGACUUUGUGAAAAGCUGCGAGAUCUGUAAUGUGGCCUUCACGGGUCCCGAAAGCUCGGCGCAACACUUCAAAGGCAAGAAACACAGGAAGUCCUUUGAACGAAAGCAGAUUCUUCAGCAGCUAAACCAGUUCUCACGUUCCUCUGUUACUGGAGGAGAUGAAUGUGACAUUAGUUUGUCUUCUGCAUCAUCGACUGCUGGCUCAACUUCCGUGUCAUCAGCUAUUCGAUUAACUUCUGUGGGCCUGGCUUCCUUGUCCUCGACUACCACCAUGACUUCCAUGUUACCCAUGGUAGCACCGUGCUCUGUGCCUUCUGUCAGCAGUACAGCCAUGCCCUCAUCUAAUGGACAGAGAUUUGACUUGGCCCACUUGUCUACUAGCUUACAGGAUGCAGACCCAUCGACAUAUCCACAAACCACGGUUACUGGUGAUAGUGUGGUCUCUUUAUCCACUUCUACCCCACUGGUUAACUGCAAUGCUCAAACUGUCAAGCCAACUUCUGUAAAUAUUAAUCCUGCCAAUUUGUCACCUAGGAUGUGUUCCUCACACAUUGCCAUAAGCCCAUUCAAAGAGAGUGUUGUUGGAUGUAAUUCUGAAGCUCUUUUAGCAACACAAUCUGAUAUUGUAAGUACAGCUACAGGCAACAUAUGCAAUCCUUUAAGUUACGACAUGGAAACACCAAACAUAACUUUUAUAGAUGAUGGCUCUGGCAUUCAGAAGGUAAGAGUCCGAGAAGCUGAAGGCUACGGUUGUAAAGCCUGUGGUAUUGUUCUUUUUGCAGAUGUAAUGUCUGCUUUGGAGCAUCAUGAAACUGAUGCACACAGAUCCAAACGUGGCAUAUUGCACUCCCCCUAACAGAGUGGUGAUAUAACAUUAGGUGACAAGCAGCCUUUGCUACAUUAGGCGAACACUGUCUUGCUCCCAGGUUAGUGAACUCUGGUGUUGUCGGUGUUUACUUGUCGUCGGGCAAGAUAGGUGUCCUUGGGAAGUUUUGCUAUUUGGUGUUAACACAUUAUAUACCUGUGAAAUUGUUAUUUUAUGAUUUAAUAAUACUUAUUUUUGUUAAUUUCCUCGAAAAUUAGUCUUGUAGCAUGUUUUAUAUGUACCAUUAAUGUGCUAAAAUUUAUCGCGAAUUAUGAUUUGAUAUCAUUGGAGUGCUUAGCACCCUCUACCCUGAUUGUCUAUGUGAAAGAAAUGUUAGCAUAUUUAUUGUUUAUCAUUUUUAACUGGUGAGAUUUUUAUUAGCAACUGGUUUUCAGCUAUGUUAAAUCACUGAUGGUUGUUGUUGUGAAGCUUUUACAUAUGUUGCAUUCUGGUUUUUGGGGCUUUAGCAGUGUAAAUCUAUUAGGUGUGAAAAGUAGAUUUCUGCAUGACACAUGCUUUUUUUUUCGCCUUAAUUCUUAUUAUAAAUAAAUGUGUCUGCUGGGGCUGCUCAAGUG